AUGGGUGAUUGGUAUUCUGCAGAAUAUCCCUCUAGCAGCCUUCAUAGUUUGCAAGGCUACAGGGUUUUCAUAUCAAUAGCCAUGAUCCUCGGUGAUGGCCUCUACAACUUCGUUAAGGUCCUUGGUCGCACCAUAUUUGGACUGUAUAACCAAAUCCGUGAUAAAAAUUCUCGCUCGGUCCUCCCAGUUGGUGGCCGUACCUCAUCUCCUACGGAUUCUUUGUCUUAUGAUGACCAGCGCCGAACCCAACUUUUUCUCAAAGACCAAAUCCCUAUAUGGGUUGCCACUGUUGGCUACAUCACCAUUGCAAUAAUCUCUACUGCAACACUUCCACACGUAUUCCCCCCACUCAAGUGGUAUUACAUUGUCGUCAUAUAUAUCUUUGCACCCAUACUAGCCUUCUGUAAUGCAUAUGGAUGUGGGCUCACCGACUUCUCAUUAGCAUCUACUUAUGGAACUCUGGCUAUCUUUGACUUCAAGACGGGUUAUAUGACCCUGGCUUCCCCUCGGUCCAUGUUUGUGAGCCAGAUUAUUGGAACAACGAUGGGAUGUGUUAUUUCACCUUGUGUAUUUUGGCUCUUCUACAAGGCGUUUCAUGAUUUGGGCGUCCCUGGUUCGCAAUAUUCUGCUCCUUAUGCUCUUGUAUUCCGUAACAUGGCAAUCUUGGGAGUUGAGGGGCUCUCUUCUUUGCCAAAGAACUGCCUUACUCUAUGCUACGUGUUCUUUGUUGGAGCUGUUGUUAUUAAUGGCAUAAGAGACAUCGUUGGAAAGAAAUGGGCUAGGUUCAUUCCUCUUCCCAUGGCAAUGGCGAUACCAUUUUACAUUGGAGCAUAUUUUACAAUCGACAUGUGUAUUGGAAGUUUGAUACUGUUUAUUUGGGAGAAGAUUGACAAAGCAAAGGCUGAUGCAUUUGGACCGGCUGUGGCUUCUGGAUUGAUCUGUGGUGACGGGAUAUGGACAUUGCCUAGUUCAAUAUUAGCCUUGGCAGGCGUAAAUCCACCCAUUUGCCUGAAAUUUCUGUCAAGGAAAACAAAUGCAAGGGUUGAUGCCUUCUUAGCUUCUUAG